ACCUUGACAUACCUGUUCUCACGGUGCACCAGACCAUCAGCGAUGUGCGGGGCAGUUACUACCAGGAGAAGACUGUGUUCCUGCGCUGCACCGUCAACUCCAACCCUCCUGCUCGUUUUAUCUGGAAACGUGGGAACAUGCUCAUUGAACAGAGCAAGGACAAUGGAGUAGACAUCUAUGAACCACUUUACACUCAGGGUGAGACCAAGGUGCUUAAGCUGAAAAACCUCAGACCCAAGGACUUUGCCGAUUACACGUGCCAGGUGUCAGUACGCAAUGUGUGUAGCAUCGAAGACAAGUCAGUCACCUUCAGGCUGACAAAUGCCACAUCUCCCCCAAUGAUCCGGCUGUCAGUGAACGACACAGUGGUGGUGGACCCCGGGCAGGAUGUGCUCCUAACCUGUGAGGUGACGGCAGGUUUCCCCCUCCCCACCCUGAGGUGGUCGCCCCUUCCCCUCAGCGCACAAGUUCGAGGGCCAACGCUCAAUCUGCGGGCGGUCACACCGACCGACGCUGGUUUCUACAACUGUACGGCUUACAACAACGUGGGCAACCAGGCCCGCAAGAACGUCAAUCUGGUUGUCAGGACAAUGAGUAACCUGACCUUCCAGAUAACACCAGACUCCAACAAGGACAGCGAGACCAUCCAGAUGGGUCGGGACCUCAAGCUGUCGUGCCAUGUUGAUGCCACCCCACAGGACAAGGUUAACUACACCUGGUACAAGAACGGUGCACCUGUUUUCAACUCGGAUAGCCUGAUCUUGUUGCGCAGUGACCCAGACAUGGCACCCGGCACCAGUAGCUUGGAGAUUGUUGACAUGAAGUUCAGAGACUUGGCUACCUACAGCUGUGUGGCGAACUUCCCCGGCAGCAGGGUGCCAGAGCUGCGUGUGGAUGUCAACAUCUCUCAGAACAGUGUCUCUCCUCCAGUGUUGGCUCUUCCACCAGGAGGUCAGGUGGUGAACGUUCGGGAGGGAGGUAACAUCGACCUGGUGUGCUUGGUGGUAGAAGGCAAACCCCGUCCACCUAUACUGUGGUCACGGAUGGAAAAAGACCUGCUAAUGUCGUCAGGGGCAACCACGAUGGAGACACUUGAUGGCCGCUUGAUGCUAAGGAAUGUGAGCCGGGACAUGAUGGGGGCGUACCGCUGCCAGACUGCUCCGUACAACGGCCUUAACAUCAAACGCAGGGAGGCACAGGUCCAACUCAAUGUGCAGUAUCCUCCCAUACUGGACCCAGGCGACCCGGAUGUGCGUUCAAGGAACUAUCAGAUGGUGACCCUGAGGUGUACGGUGGUACGCUCAUUCCCGACACGCCUUAUAGACAUCCGCUGGUUCCGUAAUGGCGAAAUAAUCCGCAUGCCCAUGCCAGACACUAAGGAGAAGCCAGAGCUGAAGUUUAAGCUGGACCCCACCAACAACGGCUCGUAUGAGUGUCGAGUCACCAAUAGUGCAGGGACAUCAACAUGUGCAUUUAAUGUCUCUGCACAACCCUACAAUGCUGAGUUUUACUUCGACACACCCAACCCAGUGCGAAUUCAAAAAGGAAACAACUAUUCCUACAACCUGCAGUGGACACAGAGAGAUCCUGAGGCCACGGAUCGUAUCAUAGGUUACUGGAUUAAUGUUCGAAAGAACAAGCAGAACGUGCUCUCAAAGCAGAUAGACCUCAAGGGCAAGGAGCCAGAGAAGGGUGUGCUGCUGUCCCACACCAUAUCAGACCUGAGGAUCCCUCUGUCCUACGAGGUCCGACUGGCACCCAUCACCACCUACAGCACCGGGGAGUACGCCAGCCGCAUCAUACAGUACUCAGAGCCCUACACCUACCCAAGACCUUCAGACCAUGUGUGUGGUUUUGAGGAUCAGAGGAUCUGUGGUUUCUCUCAAGACCGGAGUGAUGUCUUCGACUGGACGAGACAAAAUCACCUAUCCCAGAAUCCCAAGCGAUCUGCCAAUACCGGACCCGAGACUGACCGCAGUGGAACCAAGGAAGGGUACUACAUGUACAUUGAAGCAUCACGGCCGCGCACUGAGGGGGACAAGGCUCGUCUGCUUUCUCCACUUUUUAAUGUGACCUCAGUCAGAGGCCCCAAGGGCUCCGGCAGAGUCCCAUACUGUGUCGCUUUCUACUACCACAUGAAGGGAAAGCAUAUUG